AAAGUGAGUGUUUCCGGUACGCGUGGCCGCCACUCCGGUGUCAGCUGUUGAGCGAAACAAGCCAAGAUGAUCUCCCUCACCGACUCCCAGAAAAUUGGAAUAGGGCUAAUGGGAUUUGGUGUAUUUUUCCUGUUUUUUGGGAUGAUCCUGUUUUUCGAUAAAGCUCUCCUUGCCAUGGGAAAUAUCUUUUUUGUUGUCGGGCUGGCAUUUGUGAUCGGUCUGGAGAGGACCUUCAGGUUCUUCUUUCAGAAGCACAAAAUGAAAGCCACAAGCUUCUUUCUAGGAGGCGUCCUCAUAGUGCUGAUUGGGUGGCCCAUCAUCGGAGUGAUUCUAGAGUUUUAUGGCUUCUUUCUGUUAUUCAGGGGAUUCUUUCCAGCGGUCGUAAGCUUCAUCAGGAGGAUUCCUGUGCUGGGAUACUUGCUGAAUCUUCCCUUUAUUAGUGGGGUAAGUUUUACUCAGCAGGGCGAUGAAGAAGAAGAGAUCGUGAGCUGGUCUUUUUAUUUUCAUAUAAGGAUCCUCUAAGAUUGAAGUCAACCCGUGUCCUAACCAGGCAUUAUGCAAUAAAUGACAAAGAACAAACAUGGGAAAAAAAAGUGUAAAUGAGCUGUCAAACCAUUAAACAAGUACGUUCUGAUUGAAUGUGAUUGUGUUAACAUUUGCACUAUCAGUGUGAACAGACACAUUACUUAUCAAUAUCAGCUUAUAACAUCAUAUCUGUUUAGGACACGGUCUUAAAAUAAAUUCAAAAGCUUUUGCUUGCUUUAGGAGCUAUGAGACUAACAUGCUUUUCCACUAAAUGGAAUACAAAUCAAAAGAGGCAUCUUUGAAAACAAGUCAUAUGUUUGUUCAGAUAUAUUUGGAAUUGUUCUAUUUUUUUUUAUAUUAAGAGCUUUGUGAAAUAGCAGUAUUUUUCCUUAUUUUUUUUAAAAAUAUCAUCCUAGUACAAGCUAAUUCUAUUUAUUGUAGAAUAAAACUGAAUAUCUGAAAUGUACAGAAGUUUUAAGCGGCCACGCAUUAUUAUUUUUUCCUUCUUGUUUUCUCAUUAUAAUGAUAUAAUUUUCUCGUUAUCUCGACAUAACGGAAGUUUGUUUUCUCGCUAUCACGACAUGACAAUUUUUAAUGUUGCUAUAGUAACAAAUUCAACUUUGAAAAGCAUCUGAUGGACAGCAAAUUUUGCUUCACCUAUAGGUAAUAACGCCUACAAUACAUAAAUAAAGGCUGAUCAAUCACUGUUGAUUUUUCCAGAGACAGUACACCAAACUUUUCAUUUUUGUAAUUAACAUUUCAAAACAACAGCGCAAACACAGGCUGAGCGCAGAAGGAUGCAGAACUAUUCUAAGAUCUUUUAGAGCUGCUUGGAUUAAACUCACUUUUAAUUUUCCUUUUAUUUGAAAUACAAUUAUAUAUAAUUUGUAAUUUUUAGUAGUCAUUAUAUG